CGCGAUGGGUAUUCAAUUAGCUGAAUUAGAAGCAGGGCUAGUCCGUAAAAAAUUUCAUUCUUAUUACGCAAAAUAUUCAUCUCACAACUUCCUAUUGCGCACUGAUGAGAUUGAAGCAAUUAAGACUGGUACCAAAUACAGCCUGGUCUCUUAACCCCUCCAGACCUAGGGGGAUAACCAGCAUCUAAUUUCUUCUUGCUAUCUCACUUGCUGAAUCAAACAUUAAGCUAGAGGUCGUGAGAGUAUAGGAAAGGUCAUCAACUGGAAAAGCCCAUGAUUGUUAAACAAAUUCCCCUUAAUUGUCAGCACCAUAAGAAAUGUUUGGAGAACAGUAUGGAGAGUAAGCAUACUGAUGAUAAGGUUUAAAUGGUUAAGGCUCUUAGUCACCAGAAUGAAGGUGGGGGGUGCCGUAUGAAUGUAAGAUUCCACCCUAUUCUCACGGCUUGCUUUUAAUUUGCUUAGAAAUCCUGCAGCACGUCAGCAAUUACAAAUUAAUUCCGUUAAUCAAUUUGUUUUUAAUUUGCUUAGAAAUCCUGCAGCAUGUCAGCAACUACAAAUGGAAAUGAAAAUUCUCCCUUAAUUCCAGAGGAAGUAGAUAAACCACAUUCCACACCUGGUGGGGAGACAAGUGUGGCUACCAAUUCAUCUGACUCCAAUAGUGCCUUGAGUCGACAACAAAGGGUCCUGAAUGCAGUGUGUAUUCUUGUUACAGAGUUAUGUGAGCGCAUGACCUUCUUUGGAGCAGCUGCAAAUCUAGUUUUAUUUUCCAAGAAUGUGUUAAAGCUACAGUCACCUUGGCCAUCAACAAUCACUCUUUUGUUCGCAGGUUUGUUUGUAGUGUUAUCCUAACAUUCUUAUGUUUUAAUUCUUGUUAAUUCUCCCCUCUAGCUGCUAUAAGUUUCCUUGUAAAUUAGUAAUAGGAAUUUGGUGUUAGAUCAAGAUAACAGGUAUACUUAUUACCUAUUUGCUGGAUAAUGUGAGGAUAUUAUAAGGAGAAGUUUCAUGUUAAUCACUUGUAGGAUCAUGCUCAUUAAAGAACGAAACUAUACUGUAUAUUUAAGUAUUGACUACAGCUGUUUCAAGAAAGGCUGUUUAGGAAAAGUGUAAAAGUAAGUACAACAACCUCGAAUGUAAAUUUUGGUAGUUUUCAAGUCCUUGACCUUGCAGGAUUUCUGGGAAAUCUGAGAACAUAACACUUUUAGGAUGAGGCAUAGCAAGGUUGAUGAAUGUAGACAUUCAUUUGACAUAUUAAAAUUAAUUGAUUACAGGAUGCCCACAUUACUUUUCAAGAUGGUCACAUGCACUUUAAUUUGACCUUUUUUGGACAACCUAAAUCUUGAAACAGCUGUAUACACUUGUUAAGGCAAAUGUAGAAAUAUUUCAAAUAUAUGGAGUACUUUUUUGUUCCCCUUUAUUGUUUCUGCUUAGUAAAAUAACUUCAACUAGCUACAGGACUCUCAUUGCUUCUAGUUGCAUCAUGCAUGUAAGAUGGUUUUAAAGAAAAUAAUCAUCUCAAUCCUUUAACUUUGAAGAUCUGAUUGUUCAUUGUCCCCUCUAGCUGAUAAUGAAGAAAUGUAAAAUGGUUUCCGUGUUUACAUAGCCUGAUGUAAACAGGUGGGAGGUUGGGAGAACACGAGAUAAGCGUAGGAAACCACGACGCGAAAUGGAGUGGUUUCCAGCUUAUCGAGUGUUCUCCCAACUUCCCAAGUGUUUACAUCAGGCUAUGUAAACACGGAAACCAUUUUACAUUUCUUUUAUAAAAUAACUAAUGAAAGAGGAACAAAAACCGUGUUUACAUACGCUCCUGUAAAAUGGUUUUAUGGCCAAUCAGAGUGCACGUACUAUUUGAAUUAUUUUAUAAAUAGUUUCUUGUGAAUUAAAUACAAAAUUUGGUCUUAGAUCAAGACAAAGACUUUUACCUGAUGAGUUUGAGUAUUCUCAUAAUCUGUUUACUGGAUAAUGUUUGCAUAUCAUAGCGAGAAGUUACAUGUUAACCACUUUUGGGAGUUAAUGGGUUAUGUUUACAUGGAUUAAUUAUAUAAGAAACCUUGUGAGUAACUCCUACAUUCCAAUGCUUGUGCCAGGUACACAACUCAGAACAUUCACCUGUUAAAUGCCAUUUGAAAUACAAGUAUGCUGAACUAAAAGUUUUAAUCACCAAAAAACAACACUACUUUUACUCCUGGGCUCAAGCCACCAAGAGAAAUUAAAAAUUGCAAAAGUUAUGACAUGUAGCACAGUGUUAACCCCUUAAACCCAUGAGAGUGGUAAGCAUCUAAUUUAUCCCAUCAGUAUCAUGCUUGCAUGAGGCAAGUUGUGAAUUAAUGAGAAUAAAGGUAAUGAUUGCAAAGUGUAGAAACUUUUGAUUAUUAAACAUAUUCUCCAUGCACAUACCACCUGAAAUGUAUAGAAAACAGCAUGGCUCAGCUUGAAAAAUGAUGCAAAGGUAGUGUAAAGGUUUGAAAAACCAGAUUGUUGAUGAGCUGAGCUGUUCAACUCUUUUAAAAUUUAAUUUAUUUUUUCCUUCUUUUUUUUUUCCCAUAGGAACAUGUUUUCUCACCCCUUUACUUGGUGGGUGGUUAGCCGAUUCUUACCUUGGUCAGUAUAACACCAUAUAUGGAAGCUCUUUGUUGUAUUUUGUGGGAGUUGUGCUUCUAGCUACAGUAUCAGCUUCUGAUAAUUUGUUGAAGAGCUUAUUUAAUGCAUCAGGAAGAGUAGUGUUCUUUAUCCUGGCCCUUGUGUUGAUAGCAUUUAGUGCAGGAGGAAUCAAAGCCACUGUGUCACCCUUUGGAGCAGAUCAGUUGAAACAGGAUGGUCCAAGAGCUGUUCAGACCUUUUUCAACUAUUUUUAUUGGUUCAUUAACAUUGGAGCCCUCGUAGCUUUUACUGUGGUGGUUGCUGUCCAGCAAAAAGACAUUUUCUCUGGUUAUGCCAUCCUAGUGGGUUUUAUGUUCCUUGGAAUCAUUGUAUUUCUCACCUGUCGUAAUAGGUACUUGGUCAAGCCACCAGGUGGUAGCCAACUAACUGAAACAGCAAAAAUAAUUCACAAUGCCAUUAAAAAUCGGAAACAAAACACUGGUGGCUGGAUGGAUGGAGCAAAGAGCAGAUUUGGAGGAAAGUUUGGUGAUGAUCAGGUUGAAGAUGUCAAGGCUGUGUUAAGACUUCUUCCUGUUUUCAUUACUUUCAUCUUUUAUUUUUCAGUUUUUUCUCAGGUAAGGCUUUGCCAUCAUGAAGUCAUAACAGUUAUACAUGAUAUAUAUAUGUGUUUAGAAGAAGAGAAGAGGAUCACAACCAAGAUGUGAAUUGUUAGAAGAAAUUGAAACUUAAGGCAAUAUUAGUUUGAAACUUUUUCUUUUCUCUUCUUUCAGAUGUCCACGUCAUUUCUCAUUCAAGGUACAUACAUGAAGCUAAAUUUUGAUGGCUUUUCCGUGCCAGCAGCAUCUUUGUCAUUGUUUGAUAUAGUUAUUAUUCUGGUGCUUGUUCCCCUCAUGGACUAUGCAGUUUAUCCUCGUAUUGAGCGCAGCGGGAUCAAGUUGACAUCCUUGCGGCGCAUUGGUGUAGGGUUUGUGUUAUCAGCAGCUUCUAUGCUUGUAGCUGGGUUGAUUGAAAUAAAACGACGGACAGUGUGGCAACACGGGAACAUAUGCACACAGACGGUUUUUAAUGAGAGUCACAGUGCCUCAUGUUUCAGUAUUUUCUGGCAAGCACCACAGUACUUAUUGGUUGGAUCUGGUGAAGUGUUUGCAACUAUUACUGGUAAGUGAAUUUCAUUGAUGUUUUUUUAAGCAAUUGUCCACUGGAUGUUGAAAGUAAUCUGGGAUGGCUUCAGUUUUACUUAACUUUGCUCUGUCUGAUUGGUACAGGCAUCCUGUGUCAUCCUCUCAACAAUCAGAUGCAAAACUGUAAAAACAAUCAUGACUUAACCAUUCACAUUUACCCAUGCUUCAAGCAGUUUGCUUGUUGUCACUUUGAGUGUUCUUACUGGCAAAUGAUAAUUUGUAGACCUUUGUUCUGAUUGAUCACUGGGAUUUUGUUUCGUUUUGGUUUUGGUUUUUUGACACUGCUGCCCUAAGCCUUUGAGAAUGUUAACCUAGUCUCUUUCUCUUCAUUAUGAAUUAACCAUUUUAUGAAAUGUUUCAGGAGAUAUGAUGGGUAAUGGAAGGAGUGAGACAUGGUUACUCACAGUCACUUCAGGAACCUUCAGAAAAAAUUGUCUCACCUGUGUCUUACGUCCCCAGCCUUCUCUACAUGAGAAAUUUCCAUGUUUUUCCAUGAGGGGAAUUUGUAGAAAUCCACAGUGAUAUAUUUUUCUACUGUCUCUUUGUAUCUGCAGGUCUGGAAUUUGCAUAUUCACAGGCUCCUAAAAACCUUAAUGGAGUGAUCAUGGCCCUUUUUCUAUCAGCCUCUGGCAUAGGAAGCUAUAUAGCAAACUUUCUAGUUGCUGUUGUCAACAGUGAUUGGUACCCUGAGGAGGAUCCCAAUCAGGGUCAUAUGGAGUACUUCUUCUUCAUGAUGGCUGGUUUGAUGACACUUAAUUUCUUGUUGUUUCUGUUGAUUGCAUCCUCCUACAAAUACAAAAAGUCAUCCUUACAAAGUAAAGGAGUACCAGGAUGCCCAUGAACUGACUGUUAGUGUUUCAUCUGUGCAUGGCUGAGUGACAUGUGUCAAUUUGCUACUUAUAAAUGUGCAAAAACUAUUGUGUGCACCUGCCUGUAGGAAGUCCUUAGUGCAUGGUCAUGAGACAAUGCCAGCAAUCAAAGUGAAGAGGUUGCACUACUGAUGUAGUGUGGGUAGUUUUUAAGAAUAUAGAUCAAGUGUGAAUCAUCUAAAAGUAUGUAAAAAUUUUCUGGCUAUUAAACUACAUUUGAUAGGAACUAACAAAAAUAGGAAUUUCUAUUUUUUUUCCAGUACAUGUUAUGACCAUAUAUCAAUUACAAAAGUUCAAGGAGUUUGGAUUCUAGUGCCAGGAGAGAGCAACCUGCAUUAGUCUUGUAAAAAGCAGAUCCAAAAUCUGUGGAAGCUAGUGGUGGAAAAAAAAUGAAUGUUAAAAAAAAAGGAGACAAAAAAGCUGCAAAAUCAACCAACUCUUUGGCAAGUUUUUACCAUUUAAGAAUGCUACAAUUUAUAUUACUACAUACCACAAGUGAAAAUAGUGCAUCUAGUGUGUGCUGAUUGGUUAAUGCGGAAGUGAAUAGCAAGUGCUAGGCAGCUGAUGAAACAAAAUCACACAUCAAAAGUUUAAUUUCCAACCAUUUUCCUGUAAAUUGAAAGAAUUUUAAUUAUUUUUUGGUAUCUGUGGCAUAUACUAAAACAAUAACUCAUCUGAGUGUUGGUGAACAUUGUGGAUAUUCACCUUAUUCACCUCUAUUCACCUCCAUUUUGGUGAAUAAUUGUUAAUUAUAUCAGUUUCUGGACAAUUUUAGUUAUUAAGCUUGCAUGUUACUGUAGGUUGACUCAAAAUUUCUGACGGCAAAAAUUUUAAUUUUGUGUUUGUUAGCUUUAGAAAUGAGAGAACUUAAGCAUUCUACUUCUUUCAUGUAAUCUGCCACCUAGUUUUUAAAGAAAUUUAUUAAAAGUUUAUUUAAGAUUAAUAUGACUAGCAGUCGUGGAUUAGAUAGGAAUAUACGGUAGACCAAGGGGUUCUAGGACUUUUCUCUGAGCUGAGUCUCCUCUUACUCUUCAAUAACUAAAUGAAACAUUAGCCAUGACCAAACAAAAAAGAAUAUAAACUCACCUCAAUCAGUUCCUUCCUGGCUUACAGAUCACUUAACAUUUGUAACUACUUCAGAAAGCGAUCGUGAUUGGAAUACUUCCACACCAGAACUUAUGAUGAUUGGGAACAUUGAUUUUACUGACGCGAGAAACACGUCACGCACAUAGGUAAUAUCUUGUAAAAGUUGAAUUGAUUUCUCCUCUCAGUAUCAAUACAAUUAUAAUCUAAAAGACGAGUGAUGGGAAUGAUGAAAGAUAAUAAGUUUAACCAAUAGCUAGAUUACGAGAAUUGUAUGGCAGACAGUAAUGAGAGUGAAAAUUCUCCUUGCUUUCCCGCUCCUCACCGAUCGUAGAUUAUGAUAACCCUUUCGAGUAAUCCUCUUGCCCGUUGACUCAUCAUCUAUUUUUUACAAACUGAUACCAUCAAAAAUUCUUCAUACUUGCCGCUUAUCAACCCUGUAGUUUGGUGACGUAAGGUGUUCACGUGAUGUCUUGUGACAUUUAAGACAACAGUCCCAUGACAUUCUGGUCACGCAACUACCGUGACAUUGUCAUUAUUCGAAGUGUACCUUUGCGUAAUACGAUUUGCUUUCGUCUAAAGAUCAAAAGUCUAGUACGUAGCUACGAAGUUGACCUUAAGCUAUAUAUUUACCGCACGAGUGACAAUUUCUUGUCUGGAGGAACGCAUAUCUUUGGUGAGUUUUGUGUCCUAGUAGUUGCUGAAAUAACAAAAGGUCGACUGAUCAUGAGUGACUAAUUUUUUGGCUAUGCAUUUAAUUCAUCAAGAUUUCUCUUUAGAAGAUGAUUUGAGAGCACUUCGAGUUUAUCUUAGUAAUAAAGGAUAAUAAAAGAUACUGUUUUCCUCAAAGUUACAUGUUGAUAUGGAAUAAGAUGUGUGCAAAUUCAUAACUUGUCGACCGUAACCUGGGAAAAAAACGCCUAACGUAGGCUUACCCUUAGAAUUACAUGAAAUAGAAAUAGUACGGCGUAAAUAAAGGGAUCGCCCGCAACAGUAUGCAAGGUUUUGGAAGUUAAAUUGGACCUCACUGCAAUUACUUACCUGGCUCCCCCUCCCUCCUUCCUUCCUGCCGUAAGGUUUAGUUGGGAAAGUUUUGAUUUUUCCUUCUUCAAAGAAACUAACAACAUCCAGAUUCCAUGGAGAUAUCUUUUUAGGUAAUGAAAAAAACAGUAAUCCUUAUAUGACUUCUCACAGUAAGAGGGAGGGGUCUUCCAAAAAAAAAAAGAAAAUAUUCACAAAGUUACCUCAUUGGAACAGAGAGAAGUGGUUGUCUUCUUGCAAUUGUUUCAUUUUUAUUUAUUAUUAUUUUAUUGAAGCAUCAUUUGCUAAAUAAAUGUAGUGUGACUUAAACCACUGUUACGAAAUAACUGAGAAACUAUAAGCACCCUGAUUGGUCAAAAACCUGUCAUUUAUUGCACUGGUAAAUCCAUAGAAAAUUGAAGUUUAUUUUAUAAAAGCUAUAUAGUGCACUUUCUAUUGGCCUAUAAUAAUAACCCAGUCUUGGUGUUGGGAGGGUAUGAUAAAAAUGUGUAAAUCACUUGCUUCCAGCUCAUGAUGUACAAACUAUUCUGACAUGUUCUCCCGAAUCCUGCAUUGACUAUUGUGCUGAUAUUAACCAUCAGAAGUGCUCUCGAUUGCUCAAAUAAUUAAUUCAUAGGGCCAGACCAUUUCAUGAAAAGAGCGAAAACAACUGUGUGAUCUUUACCUCUAAUUUAAUCAUUAAUCUUAUCUUAAUUAUCUUACUAAAUUAAACCUCUUUUUACUAGCCAGCCAUGGGAAAUAAGAAAGAUCCAGAGCUGGAGCCUAUCUUUGGUGGGGCCAGCAGAAGUAAUGCAUUAGCAGACUCUCAUCCUGAGCACAUUGGAAGAAGAACCAGGAUCUUGUUGGUGGUGUGCAUUUUAUUUACAGAGCUAUGUGAACGUCUUACAUUUUAUGGUAUUGUGGCAAACCUUGUGCUGUACUGCAGAGACUACUUGAAGCUUGAGGCUCCACUGCCCAGCAGUAUCAGUCUUGCAUUUCAAGGUAGAUUUCUGUGACUUUUGUUGUCUAAUAAACUUUUUUUUUUUUACAUAAUAAUUAAGUAUUAUCAACUGAGUUUAUAACUUAAAUUGGCCACCUUUAAGAGUUUCAAAGCUGAUGAUUUGAAUGUUAUUCCCUUGUCAGAGCAAAUGACGAAGGGCUAACACUUGAAAUGUCAGCUUUAAAACUCUUUAAGGUGGUCGAUUUAAGUUAUCAACUUAGUUGAUAACACUUAAUUACCCUGCUAUUUCCUUCCACUGAUGCAGCAUCACAGUUUCUUUAGAAACUUACCCCUUUAUUUUUUUACAUGUUAAAGUAAGGAUCUUGAUUGCCUUAUGUCCUAACAAAUCAACUUUGUGGUUGAACAAUCAAAGAUAUGCAGGAUUCUUUUAAGGACAAGCAGUUUCUUUGAAAAGCCAGCUAUGAGUUUCACAGUGGAAAUAGCACAAAUAUAGCCAGAUCAGAGCCCUGAGGAAAUGCAACUUUGGGUUCUGAUAGAAAUUUGCAUUUAAGAAGCAUUAUAAUUGCCUUUUAAACAACUGGGGCCAGAUCUUCUGGAAUUAAUUGCUUUUUUAGCAUAACGUGAGGCUAGCCUGUUUGAUCAACAGUGUGUUAAAAUUUCAAGCUUAGGAGAAAUUAUUCCUCAAUCAUUUGUAAAUGAUAGUAUCUAAAAGGGUAUAACAGGUGUUGCAUUAACAAGACAAAAGAAAGAUCUAAAACAGACAGCAUUGACUUCACUGUAGUUUGAUGUUCAAGUUCAAUGUGUAGAUACAGUGAAAUGUGACCAUUUUUGUUUGUUUUUUUUUAAUAUAUACUCCCAAUAUCUGAUCAUCAGAUUGCCCGUUUGCUGGAAAAUGUGUGGAUAUUAUAGGGGAAGUUACAUGUUAAUCACUUUUGGGAGUUAAAUGGUUAAUGAAGAUGUUUGACCUAAGAUUUUCCAUGUAGUGGUCAGUUAUGACUUACCUUUUUUUAAUUAAUGCUAGUCUAUCUGUCUUCCUAAAAAUUGUUUUUUCUUCUCCUGCAAGCUGUUAAUUAAAAAGGCAUGCAAGAAUGGGAUGUGAGCCACCCAAUAUAGGGUGUUUCAUGUUAGUUCCCAGUACUUUUGUGUCAUUCGUUGGAAGUUAUAUGUACCUACAUGUAAAACAAGAUGAUUUGAUUGAACUAUUACAAUGUCGAUGAGUUAUCAGAUUCUGACACAAUUAUACAUUGACUCAAGAAUUUCCCUUGAAAUCUAACUUAGUUCAUUUUUUCUCCAAGGCACCUCAUUUUUUUCACCUGUGAUCGGUGGCUGGGUGGCAGAUACUUUUCUAGGGCGUUACAACACCAUAUAUGGAAGUUCUUUGCUUUAUGUGGUCGGUGCCAUUGUUCUGGGUGCUGCGACAUUCGACUAUGGUGCCAUAUAUGGAUUGAGCACCGGAAGUAAAGAGGCAUUCUUAGGAAUUGCGUUACUUCUCAUUUCUGUCGGAACCGGUGGAAUCAAAGCUAAUGUAUCCCCUUUAGGGGCAGAUCAGAUCGAGAAUGAAGGGCCCAUAAUUGUUCAGCGGUUCUUCGACUGGUUUUACUGGUUCAUUCAGUUAGGAUCUUUUUUAGCUUACACCGCAGUCGUUUCGGUGCAGCAAGAGGUGUCGUUCUUUUAUGGUUACGUCAUAACCGCUCUGUCAAUGUUCUUGGCAGUCAUAUUAUUCGUAAGUGGUAGAAAAUACUACAUUACUCAUGAGCAUAAAGGAAGUUACCUAUCUGAAACACUGAAGAUAAUAUGGCAGGGAUUAAAGAAGAUUCAAUGUCAGAGAAGCGCGCGAGUUGGGUCCCACUGGCUAGACCGGGCUAAAGAGAGUCUGGGAGGAACUUACAAAGAUCAAAGAGUCGAAGAUGUCAAGUCAGUGCUGAAAAUAGUUCCAAUAUUCCUUACAUUUAUCUUAUACUGGACGAUUUAUGGACAGGUAAGCGUUAAGAGAUGGAUACUAACUGAGGGGUCUCAUUCAGAUUAUUCUAGUGAUAUAAGUAAUGAUUCUCUGCAGAUUGACUCAGAUGCCGACUAAUGAAAAGGUUUCUUAUUCAACCAGAUGUUACUUCGCUACGCCCCUCCACAUAAGACACCAGAUAUUUGCGAUGUUUGCACGAACGUUUUGCUUACAUCAUAUUUAGGGGAUAAGGGGCUGAUAUGGGCGAUGUGUGUACCUUUAAGGCGCAGAAUAGUGAAAUUGUGCUAUUUCGGCGGUUCGAAUGCGCAUUAAUUGCUGUUUAAAACACACACAUUUAUUAGCGUAUAAUCCUCAGGGCAAAGGGAUACUAAACUCCUUCUGCAUGGACAAUAGUACGCUGUUUGUAUAAUAUAUAAUGCUAACUUUGAGGCUUUUGACAAAUAUGAUAAGCUUUCACCUCUGUCAUACUAACAACAACAACAACAACGACAACAACAAAGAUAAGGCACUGCGAAGGCCAUACCCACGAACGGUACCUUUCCUUCCCUUAUAAUAACCUUGGUGAUCUUGCUGGUACUCUGAUAAGGGAACUUCAGUGACGUCUACAACUUUUCUUGCUUUUCCUCCUAGGGCCAAACAAGCUAUCUCCUUCAAGGUUCUUUCAUGAAACUCAAACUGUCCGAGCACUUUACAAUGCCGGCGGCCUCUCUGUAUCUCUUCGAGAUCACCAUGCUAUUAAUCCUCAUACCAAUUGUGGAUCGCAUUAUUUACCCAUCCCUCCGUUACUUCGGCAUCGACUUCACCCCCCUGAAGAAAAUGGGUGUCGGAAUGUUGUUUGCCAUGGGGUCUGUCCUCAUGGCAGGGUUUAUGGAGAUCGAAAGAAAAAAAUACAUCGACACACAUGGUUAUUUUAAACAGCAUCCGUUCGACACUCCAGUAAAUGCCUCACAAAUGAACAUCUUUUAUCAAGUCCCUCAAUACGUGCUCCAGGGAACUGGGGAAGUACUGACUUCGAUUCCAGGUAAGCUGUGAAAGUGAAUGAAAGGAUGUCCAGCGUGGUCUGGAUAUUUUCCAAAUAACCUAAUAGCAACGGAGUUGUCACUGUUGUUGUCAUAAAGGAAUGAUAAUUCACUUAAUUAAAAUUUAAUAAUUAUUAAAGCCUUAACGUGUUAGGAUGGUUUUUUGUUUUGGUUUUCGAAUGUUUUAACAUGUCAUCUGAAGAUGAACUGGAACAAGUUGGCCUGAGACAUUUUUCCAACGCUAAAGUGCACCUUGUCAGUAAACAAUGCGUUACAGACACCACAAAAGCAAAACGAUCCGUGCCGAUGUACCGUUUGCCGUGUACAAUCGCGUGAUAUGGAUUGUGCUAUUUCCAAGAAGGAGGGGGGGGGAGGGAAGGCAAUUUGCACGAAAGCAAUUCUUGUGGGGUUCUCUUGGAUAACAAUCAUGUGACUGAAAGGGUUACACUGUUUGAGAUGCUUCUAGUUGUAACCUUGAUUCACCCCCUUUACAGGUUUUUAGGGAGGGAGGCGAAGUCACUACUUUGGCUUCAGUAAAUUAAGCAACGGAAAUUUAGCCAACAACUGAUUUACAACAUUGCCUCAUGCUCUCCGAAAAGAAAGCGCCUACACAACUGAAAGAUAAUCGUAGAUGUUAUCCUCUAGAACUGGGAAUAAUGACUUGAAAAUCAUUCACUUUAAAAUAACUUAUUGUUUAGAGUAAGUUAUAACCUGCUAUACUAAACCAUACUAAUUUCUUGGAAAUAUUAACUUUUCGCCUUCUUUCCUCAUUCUAGGGCUGGCAUUUGCUUACUCCCAGUCCCCUCUCUAUCUUCGCGGAGUGAUCAUGGGCCUUAACCUGGCCACCAUUGGAAUAGGCUUCUAUGUUGCUGGGGCUCUGGCAGCGAUAGCGAAAAAUGCUAGUGACGGCUCUUGGUACCCGCAGGAUUUGAACGCGGGCAAACUAGAAAACUAUUUCUUUUUCCUCGCUGCCGUGAUGUUCGCGAAUUUCCUCCUUUUUGUUUUCCUUGCUAGAAAGUACAAAUACGUUGAAUCCCCAAAUACUGUCACAGUUCAAGAGGAUCAUGGGCAAUCACUAAUUAAUACCUCGACAUCUAAUUUAGAAAAAGUUUAAGAUGCUGUCGGUGAGAGUUGCGUUAGCUGCGUUUGUUUUUCUUCUACCAAAUACGAGCUCGUUGGAUUUUAAAACACAAGUUUCUUUGAGAGUUGCUCCUUUUAUGCAAAUACCAUGGAAAUAUUUGAGGGAAGAGCACUUUACCAUCUUCCUAAAGUUAUUUUGCCAAAGAGGCUUUCGGAAGUCUUUAGAUCAAGAACUUUUACCGCUUUUGUUCUCGAGCUGACCAAAAGAUAGGCAAGCAACAAGGGAUUUUUUACUACAUGUUAACUGAUUUUCCUGGACUGGGCAGUCAGAUAUUAUCGAGUAAUACCUUUUAUCUCCUAAUUUUUUUUGGCUGCCAAACUGUCCGAUAGCAAGCAGCUUCUAAUCAGAUCAGACAGUUCUGGUGGAACAUCAAAAAAAUUAAGCGAUUAAAAGGGCUGUUAAGAACAAUCAAUUUUUAGAAUUUUUUUCGCAUACGCAGUUGAGGAUAUGAUAGAUUUUAAAAUGGUUCAUGGCAAAUCUGUUUUCUCAACGUUUUGUUUUAGCCGCUUUUUUCCUGAUUCAGCUGGUACUCUACAGAAAAAGGGACUCAAUUGUUCAGAGUUGCAGUGAUACCUAGUUGAAUUCAGAUAACUCAGUGACUUGAGGGAAACGUCAGAAUUUUAAUAAUAUGUAUUUGAAGGACAAUCAAAAACGAAUAUUGCGAAGUCACAAGAAAAAUAUAGAUAACUGGUGGAAAUGGUGAAUAUGUUAUUGUAC